UUGACUUGUCAGUCAGUCAGUUUUCAUGUUGUUUCGGUGUUAAGUGUGAUGAAAUUAAUUUGAUCGUCUAUUGUUAAAUCAAAUAAUUAGAACAUUGUUAUCAUAAACAUGGGCAACUUUAUUAGUACUAAUAUGGAAGAAAAUUUUAAGAAGAAUCAAGAAUUUAUUCAGUCAAUUAAUAAAAUAAAAAUGGAGAGACAAAUUCAAUUGCAAUAUCAAAUUCAGGAACGACAAAUGGCUAUGCAGAUAGCUAAAAACAGGGACUUAUGUUUUUGGUUAACUGCAUUUUAUGUUACAGCUACGACUGGCUUGUAUACUGGAUUUAGAAGAACAAAGAGGGUAUACUUUUUAGUGCCCAUGGUGCCGUUGACAUUUAUAACUUUAUAUCAUUGGGAUCUCGCAUAUGGCAACAAGAUUCACAGAAUUAGAAUGGAAGCUGAACACAUUAUGACACAUGAAGCUGACCGUCUUGAAUGGCCAUGUGGACUGCCAUCACCUUCAUCUGUAGACCUUGGUCGUUUGGAUGAAGAAGAAAAGAAAAGAAUUCAUCCUCCAUUGCUUUAAAAUCUAUUAUAAAACUGUUAUCAGUGUGCCUUUACAGUUAUAAGCCAGAUAAAGUAGAUGAUGUUUAAAAGUAGAAAUUAGAUUGACAAACGAGAGCACACUUUUCAUCACUUUAAUAUUUGAAAAACUUAUGAAAUAAAAGUGUUCAAAAUUC